GGAGCUGCACGGGUUAUUGAAGGUGGCCAAGUGGAAUAUCAGCCGCUCGUAGGCAUUCGGUACAUGUGGUGGUACCAUUUAAUUGGCCUCAUCUGGACCAGCGAAUUCAUCCUCGCGUGCCAGCAAAUGACGGUAGCCGGGGCACUGGUCACUUGCUAUUUCAACAGAAAUAAAAAUGACCCUCCUGAUCGCCCAAACCUUUGGUCUCUCUCUAUUCUUUUCUGCUACCAUCAAGGAACAGCCAUAAAAGGGUCAUUUUUAAUCACUGUGAUGAGGAUUCCGAGAACCAUUCUCAUGUACAUUUCCAACGCUCUGAAAGGGAAGCAUGGCGCAUGGUCCAGGUGCGUGUUCAGAUGCUGCUUCUGCUGUUUCUGGUGUCUUGACAAAUGGCUGCGCCAGUUCAACCAGAAUGCUUACACUGCAACAGCCAUUAACGGGACAGACUUUUGUACAUCCGCACAAGACGCACUCAAACUCUUAUCCAAGAAUUCAAGUCAGUUUACAUCUGUUAACUGCUUUGGAGACUUCGUAAUUUUUCUAGGAAAGGUGUUGGUGGUGUGUUUCACUGUUUUUGGAGGACUGAUGGCAUUUAACUACAACCGUGCACUCCAGGUGUGGGUGAUCCCUCUGCUGCUGGUUGCUUUUUUUGCCUACUUAGUAGCCCAUAGUUUUUUAUCUGUGUUUGAAACUGUGCUGGAUGCACUCUUCCUGUGUUUUGCUGUUGACCUGGAAACAAAUGAUGGAUCUUCAGAAAAGCCCUACUUUAUGGACCAAGAGUUUCUGAGUUUUGUAAAAAGGAUCAACAGAGUAAACGCUGUGAGGGCACAGGGAGCUGAGCACUCAUUAAGGAAUGAGGAGGGAAUGGAACUCCAGCCUGUGGUGUGAUAGGUGCCCAUUGGUUAGCUGUCCCUGGAAAGUUGCCUUCUUCUAAGAGUCAUUCACAGAAUAAAUG